CACUAAUGUGCUAAGAUUGCGGGCUUCUGUGUUUACUUCAUCUAGUAAGGCCAUUGCUCCCAGCAGACGCUGGCUUUUGGGUAUUUAUUUGAUAGCUAUUUCUUUGAUCCCUUUCAAAACCCCCUCAUGUAAUAAAACAUCAAGAAGGGGAAAUGUUUUAUGAAUACGAGUGAACCCUUUUCUGGUGGAAUUUCAGAUAAAACGACCAGGGUUCCACUGACCACUAAAUAUUAUAAGUGAAAACUACCCCCUACUUAAACAGCAAGCUUACUCUUUUCUGAAGUACAUACGAAGCCCCAAGAUCGAAAGGAAAGGAUAUUCUGGUGAGAAACUCAAGUGACACCAUCAUGGUACCUUCUUUUAGUUGUAGAAUUACAGUACUGUGAGACAAGACAAUUGAUGUGAAUGGUUUUUGGCUUUUAAUUUCCAUUUGUUGGUAGGAAUCACACCUGUGUUAUGGGCAUCUCAACUUCUAAGCAACCAUGAAACAGUGAUAGUAUUGAUCUUCUCCAUUCACUAAUUGCUUUCUAGUUGGAGUCUUGUUUUUGCAUAAAGGCAAGGUAUUAUGACAGAAACUCAGUAAAAGUCUCAUUUCAAGAAAUUGGGUGUAUGCUGAGCAGAUACGGGAAUUACAUCCAUUUGCAUGGAUGCCUUUUCUGAGUAAAUCCUAAAGACAUAUCUUUCCCUUCAACCUGGCUUUCCAUGCUCAUAUCUCUCCCUGGGUUCACUUCUUUUGCCCCCUCUACCAUCAUUCUUCCCUCCCUAGUCUAAUAUAGUAAAGAUACCCAGAAUUUAUCAAUCUGAGUCAACUAUGUUUAUAUUUCCCCUUGCAAUAGAAAUAUUUUUACCUUAUUGAUAGUUUUGAAGUCGAAGUUUUGGCAUUUCUUUCAGGGUGUGUCUCGCAUGUUUAUGAAUGUCCUUAAUAAUAGUUGGAAACUGCGAAUAGUCCAGAUAUAUACCUUUAGAUUUUUAUUUUCAUUUAUGUGCAUUUUUAUGUUAUCAUUUAUAGAAAAAUUCCAGAAAUAUUCUGUACAUGGUAGAAACACUGGAAUAGCCAAACUUAUAAGGUCAUUUCUUUGCAGGGGGUUAAUGGUUAAAUUCUAUAAACUCUUCAACACAUAUAUAAGAAGAUUUCAUGAAAAUGAUACAGUUUAGAAGACAUGAAACAAGGAAAUAUUCUAAAACUCAAGAGCCUGAACAAAAAUCUCGAAUUGACUGGCGGCGGACUAAGAGAAGUAUCUCACAGUUAUGUGACAAUGAUAAUGAGCUGGAUAGUGAAGAUGAGCUAGAUAGUGAGGAAGAGCUGGAUAGUGAGCAAAGUAUUGAUAGUAACCAAGAGCUUGAUAGUAGCGAGGAACAUCUUGAGAAUAAAACACAAGCAAAUGAAAGAGAGCUUACGUUAACAAAAAUUGAAAGUGAAAGAAGCAACAGUAACCUCAUUUAUACUGGCAAUGGUUCAACAUUUGAAGAAGAAAUGAACAAAAACAACCUUACUGACUUACCAGAUCAUGACAAGCCUCUGAGUCAAGAGGAGGAGGAUCUCCACAAACACAGUGGACAGAUCUUAGGAGAGGAUUUAGAUGAAGAAUGCAUCAAGCGAGGGAAGAGAAAAAGGAAAGCCUCUACGAUGUAUGACAGCGAUGAAAGUGAGGACAGUGACGUCCUAAUUAGAAAAGUAAGCAAUAAAUGUCCACGUAGAGUGGUAGAGGAUGAAUGUUCCUCAGUGGAAAUGGAGCCAGAAAACCCUGAAAACUCAUUAGCUGUCCGAAAGCAAGGACGACUCCGGAAGUUGCAAGAACUCUCAAAACAAAGGUCUCGUCAGAGAUGCAGUAGUGGUAGAGAUUUUGAGGACUCUGAAAAAGAAUCUUGUCCGAGUGGUAAUGAAAAUGACGAUGAGGAGGAUGAAGAGGAAGACAUUUCUGAAUAUGAAGAUGCUGAUUUUAUAGUACAAGAUGAAGAGGGUGACAAAGAGUAUGAAAAUGAACAAGAAGAAAAUUUUACUACAUCACAACUUAAAUUAGUAAAACAGAAUUCUCUUUAUUCUUUCAGUGACCACUAUACUCACUUUGAGAGAGUUGUGAAGGCUCUUCUGAUCAAUGCUUUAGAUGAAUCUUUUCUGGGAACAUUGUAUGAUGGUACCAGGCAAAAAUCAUAUGCACAAGAAAUGUUGACAUCUCUUCAUUAUUUGGAUGAUCGCUUUAUUCAACCUCGUCUAGAGAACCUAGUUUCUAGAAGUCGAUGGAAAGAGCAAUACAAGGAGCGAGUUGAAAAUUAUUCUACUGUAAGUAUCCAUUGGAAGAAUGCUGAGAAUCGUACCUGCCAGGCGUGUGGGCUACAACGCCACUGCCGGUACUCCGUGCGCUUGUCAGGAAAGCUUUACAACUCCCGGACUAUGGAGACAGAUGAUUUCAUGUCACAUGAUAAGCAGGUGUUUACUGUUGGCAGAACUUGUGCCAACCGCACCAGAAUUUAUCAUAAACUGAAACAUUUUAAAUUCAAACUGUACCAAGAAUGUUGCUCCCUGGCAAAGACAGAAGAAGUUGAGGAUGAACAGGUUAAAGAAACUGUGGAAAGAAUUUUCAGUCAGUUAGAAAAAUGUGGCUGGAUUAAAGAGAAAUAUGGUCAACUUCAAGACUAUCUCAAUUUUGCGGAUUACUUUCAAGAUGAGAAGUUUGAGUUGUAGCCCAUUUCCCUUCGAAGAAGAUUUUAUACAUUCCUGUAAAUAUGAAGAUCAUGGAUGUUGUUUCUCUCUAUCAUGUGACAUUUAUAUAUUGUAUGUUGUGUCUUCACUGCUCAUGUAAAGUCUGUGUAAAGACAAUCAAAUGAAUGAGAUAUUCAUGCCUUUUAAGUUUUGGAGAAAUAUAUUGUAACUUAAAAAUAUAAUCAAACUAACAUCUAUAUGUAUUUAUCUCUGAGUCCCUUCAAGAUAUGUGUAUUACCUUUUGGCAAUAUUAAAUAAACUUCUCUAAUUUU